CAGUGCCAAAAAUGACGAGUCCCAUACUUCCCUUCACGUGAAAUCUUCAUGGCCAGCAAAUCUUUGCUCCUUAAAUAAGAUAUUUUUUGGGUCUAUAAAUAGGAUUUGAGGUUGAUGUACUUCUCCACUGCACCCUUUAGAAAGUAAACUCAACAAGUGAGAAAUAGUGCAUAGCUAAAUAUUUUUCAAAAUGGCUUCAACAAAAAGUUUGCUCUUUUUAGGUCUUCUCCUUGCUCUUGUCCUUCUUGUUUCCUCCCAAGUGGGAGCUCAAAAAGAAAGCAAGGUGAAGGGCGAUGUUGAAGAAGCUCAAUAUGGAGGAGGUGGAUACCCGGGCAACGGGGGCGGAGGAGGGUAUCCCGGUAAUGGUCGUGGUGGUGGACGUAACGGAUACCCAUGGAGAGGUUGCAGAUAUGGUUGCUGCCGCGGAUACCGCUAUGGCCAGGGAUGUGCAAGGUGUUGUGCCACUGCUCAUGAAGCCCCUGAUGCUCGAUUUGAAGAUGAUUCCAAGAAUUGAUCAUAUAUAUUUUCCUUGCUUUGUUUUCUAAAAUGUUGCUUUCCUUUUAACAAAUAAGGCAUGUUGUCUUCAUUGGACUCCUACUAAUUCCAUUGACUGACAUUGCCAAUGCCUGAAUAUUUCACUAUCUAGUGAAAUUUUCAGUGAGUUUUGUGUUUUUCACUCUUUUAAUGAUAUUAUUAUUCACGCAUUUUGGAGUUUUU